UUGAAGCUUGAUACCAUCACAGAGCUCCCAUGGCGGCCGGAAUUUCCGCCGCUACGAGCACCAAAAUGUUCCUAAGAGACCGGAAUUCAUUUUUAUUUCGAAAACCCAAUUCUAGCAUCAGUCCCUCUUCGCUCUUUUCUCCCAUUGUUUGCCGUCCACUCGGUGUUUUCCAGGAAAGGAAGAAGGUUAGGGUUACUCUCUGCUUCGUUCUGGAGGAGAAAAAACAGGGGAUUGGUAGUUCCGCAGAAGAAGAUAUCACGGAAGAGAGUCCCGAUGAGGUUAAUCCGAUCUCACAGCGAAUGGCUGAGAGAUUAGAGAGGAAGAGAUCAGAACGGUAUGCUUAUCUCGUCGCAGCGGUCAUGUCUAGUCUCGGGAUCACUUCGAUGGCUAUUGCUGCUGUUUAUUAUAGAUUCUAUUGGCAAAUGGAGGGCCGAUUGGUUCCUGUUUCGGAGAUGUUCGGCACAUUUUCUCUAUCUGUGGGCGCUGCUGUGGGAAUGGAGUUUUGGGCUCGAUGGGCUCACAGAGCCCUUUGGCACGCUUCGCUAUGGCAUAUGCACGAGUCUCACCAUCGACCGAGAGACGGUCCCUUCGAGCUGAACGACGUGUUCGCCGUCAUCAACGCCGUUCCUGCCAUUGCUUUACUCUCCUUCGGCUUCUUCCACAAGGGCCUCCUCCCUGGCCUCUGUUUUGGUGCUGGUUUAGGAAUAACAGUGUUUGGUAUGGCUUACAUGUUCGUCCACGAUGGUCUGGUUCACAAAAGAUUCCCAGUUGGACCAAUCGCCAACGUCCCUUACUUCCGCAGAGUUGCUGCAGCUCAUCAAAUCCAUCACUCAGACAAGUUUAAUGGAGUACCAUAUGGGUUGUUCUUGGGUCCUAAGGAGCUAGAAGAGGUGGGAGGGUUGGAAGAGUUGGAGAAAGAGAUCAAUCGAAGGAUAAAGUCAUCCAAGAGUUCUUGAUGAGAG